AUUAAACAGGAGAUAAACAUGAUGCGAUUAUCCAAAAUGGGUUUUGCAGCGGCAUUGGUCGCUACUGGUAGCUUGGCAGGUGCAGCCGAGGUAGAGGUUUUGCACUGGUGGACAUCAGGUGGGGAAGCCAAGGCAGCAGCAGAGCUCAAAACCAUGAUGACAACCAAAGGUCAUAUAUGGAAAGAUUUUGCAGUUGCUGGCGGGGGUGGCGAUGCAGCUAUGACUGUGCUUAAGAGCCGCGUGGUUUCUGGCAAUCCGCCAGCUGCUGCGCAAAUCAAAGGCCCUGCCAUCCAAGAAUGGGCAGUGGAAGGCGUAUUGGCCAAUUUGGACCCUAUUGCCAAAGUCGAGGGGUGGGAUAAGCUUUUGCCUCCUGAGGUAUCUAAUGUAAUGAAAUACAAAGGAAGUUAUGUUGCUGUACCUGUUAACGUGCACCGAGUAAACUGGAUGUGGGCCAACCCAGAUGUGAUGAAAAAAUCUGGCGUAACUGCAGUGCCUAAGACAUGGGAUGAAUUUUUUGCAGCUGCCGAUAAAGUAAAGAAAGCGGGUUUUAUUGCUGUGGCUCAUGGCGGCCAAAAUUGGCAGGAUUUCACUACUUUUGAAGAUGUGGUGUUAGGUGUGGGCGGCCCUAAAUUUUAUACAGAUAGUUUGGUGAAGUUGGAUCAAAAAGCGCUCAAUAGUCCUACCAUGACCAAAGUAUUAGAGACUUUCCGCAAAAUCAAAAGCUAUACUGAUCCUGGCGCACCUGGACGCGACUGGAACUUAGCUACAGCUAUGGUGAUGCAAGGAAAAGCAGGCUCUAUUCCCGUGCGCCUAGGAAUGAAAAUGGAUAAAUUUGACGAUUGCGGCAAAACUUCCAGCCAAGACUUUGUUGCUGCUGCCAAAUCGGGAGGCUUGGUUCCAUCUGUGGCGCACGGUAUGGCCAUAGCUCCAGCGGCUGAAGGUGCGAUUAAAGACGCUGUAAGCCAAUUUUGGAACAAUGACAAAAUGUCUGUGGCUGAUGGUGUGAAAAGCAUCGCAAAAGCUGCCAUGACGAAGUAA